UUACCCCCAUUACCUUAUUUGAUAAGAGAAAGACACCAAAGCCCGAGGCUCAUGAGCACCUCACCAAGGAUGAAGGAAGCCGGCGAGACCUCAGACACCCCAUCGAAGGGAAUGAAAGCUUCCCACCAGUGGAAGGAUACGUCCUCCACGAAAGUCAAUCCUGUCAACGCAACUCCGGUCGCUAAAAGCUCACAAUCAACGAUGGCAACAAGUACGACAGAAGGGCCAAUCAUUGACAACUCAAUCUUCACAGUCAUCAACAGUGAUGGCACAACUUCCUACUACACAAGCAGUGGUGAGCUGAUCAAAGGCGAGAUUUCAAGACUCACCGAAGCCACAAAGGAAGUCACCGACAGCGACCGUGUCACUGCAAAGGGUGCACUCAAUCUACGCUCAAAGAAGACUGAGAGAAUGAAGCGGAAACUCGAGAAGAAGACCGCUAAGUCCUCGGCUCGCCGGACAACUCAACUCCUCGAUCUUCCAAAUGAGACCCUUGUCGACAUCAUCAGCCACAUGCUCCCCAGCGAGGUUCUAAAGACUGCCCAGACCUGCAAGACCCUCCACAAGCUCAUUCAACACAACGAGAAGCUCCUCUCACGCAAAAUCAUUUCUCAACGAUACCGCGUUCUUUCAAAGUGCUUCAGGCUCCCAGUCACACUCGAUGAGAUCGACCCUGAGCUUCACCCAGUCCUCCAGAAUGACGCCAGAAUCGAUAUGCUCGGCAUCCACCGGCGAUACGUCCACAUCCCUCAACCCGAGCCCUACGUCUUAUGCACCUGCCUCACCUGUGUCUUACGCUGGCAGGCCUGCUGCGUCAUCGUCGACUUCAACAAGUGGCGCCCCAACCUCGACUCUGGGGUUCCCAUCACUAUCAUGCGUCGGGGUCAAGACGAUGCUUGGAACAUAGUAUGGAAAGAUAGAAUAACAGAUAUCGUUCUCCAAGCCAUCCGCUCCCCGCUCGCUUACACUCAUCUCCUCGAGGUUCAUCUCAACAACACCUGUGCCGCGAUCAAGAGACAGAGAGCGAACAAGGGCAACCGGCGCCGUCACUUUGAGAUGUCUGAGGCCGAUGCGGAGUCCCUCACGGAUGACUUCUUGGAGGGUAACGGCCCGCCGACCAUCGAUCUCCCAUACUCACGGGACAACUAUUACAUGCUCGAGGCGUACAUGCCUGCAAGAACCUGGCUCAAAGACGAAGAGAAAUGGGUCUACAUCCCGGCAGAUUUCCACGACAGAGACCUCGACUGGGUGGCGAAGCGAUGGGGCCCGGAAUAGGGCGUCGCACAAAAACGGGGCAGUGGCUUUCGGGUGAUUGAGAAGGGACCGGCUUAGAAUGCUAUCGAGGAUCCUUCAUCGUACUUGGAAACCAAGAAGUGCUACCAAGCCGUCAAGUGCACAAGCAUGAUGGCCUGCUGGAUUUGGUUCCGUUCAUCUUCAAAGUGGUCGAUUCAGAAGUCGCACAGCAGUGGAAAGCAUCUUGUGUGCCGUUUUUGAAACCGUCCUGAAGGCCAUUGGCGAACGUGGCAGUUCACUGGGAUACGAAAGAUUUGGAGGGGAUGGCAUUGAGCUAUUGGCGUAGCCGGCAGUGAUUGAGACCUCUAAGAAGGGAGGCCUCAUUUAUCACACGACUUCACAUGAGGUAACGAGUGACGAAGAUCAUAUUAAUUGAUAUGGAAACAAUGUCCUUU